AUGUGCAACGUGAUCACGAUCCCGUCGAUCGCCUGGCUGCGCCGCGCCGUGCGGCGGUGGCGCGCCCGCGGCUCCGGCUCCAGGGCAGUGCCGGCGGGGCACGUGGCGGUCUGCGCGGAUGGCGCGCGGUUCGUGGUCCGGCUGGCGCACCUGGGCCACCCUGCGUUCCAGGAGCUGCUCCGGCAGGCCGAGGAGGAGUACGGCUUCCCGCCCGGCGCCUCCGGCCCCGUCGCGCUCCCCUGCGACGAGCACCGCCUCCGCGACGUCAUUCGCCGCGUCUCCUUGUCCUCCAUGAAGCGCCGCUCCUCCAUUCGUCGCCGCGGCGACUCGCGGCCGCUGCUACAAGAGGUGGACGUGGAGAAGCUCGUCUUCUGA